GAUCCCGCAGUCAGUGACAACAAUAUGGCGGCUUCGUUUCCUUCGGCUGGAUCUCCCCAAAGGAUCGGAAGCCCGAGAAACAAGGUUGCCCUGAAGCCGGGACGGAGUUUAAUGGACUGGAUUAGAUUAGGGAACAGCGGGAAAGAUUUGCAAGGUUUUGGAGGCGAAUAUCGGAAGAUUACUCCGGCAGAAUUGGCCAAGCAUAAUCGCGUUGACGAUGCGUGGAUAUGUCUGAGAGGCUGUGUCUAUAAUAUCACACCAUAUUUGGAAUACCAUCCUGGGGGUAUACCAGAGAUCAUGAAGGGUGCUGGGAUAGAUGCAACACAGCUGUUUAAUGAGAUCCACCAGUGGGUGAACGCAGAGUCCAUGUUGCAAAAAUGUUUAAUUGGUCCUCUUGUGCAAACUCCGAAAGAGAAAAAAAAAAGCGGUACAGGUAGUAACAAGCCAUCCGUAACAUUUCUUGCCCCUCCUACGCCCGUCUUCAAACCGAAAGAUACUGUCGAUGAUAGUGAAGAUGGUUUAUACUGGAAGUGCGAAGUUAAAUCAAUAGUGGAGGUCACUCACAAUGUUAAAAUGUUUUGCUUUAACCUGCCAGAAGGUUUGGUCAUGGAGUGUCCCAUUGGACAUCAUGUUCAUUUACAGAGAACAAUCUCAGGAAUCGAUGUUUCAAGACCAUACACGGUCACUCAUCCAUCCUUUGAUUGGAAGAGUUCAGAGGAAAAUAAAAGACAUUUAUACUUGAUAAUAAAAAUAUAUUCGUUAGGGACACUGACGCCGAGUUUGUUGGACGUAAAUGUUGGAGACCAUUGUCUGCUGACGGGGUAUAGUGGAAACUUUAAGUCUUCCCGUCUGACUGAAGCAAAAGAUAUUUGUAUGAUUGCUGGAGGGACAGGUUUAACACCAAUGAUAAGAAUGAUUCACUCGUUUGUACACAAGCAAUUACCGGCACUGAGAACUGUUACUUUGUUAUACGCCAACCGAGAGGAGAAAGAUAUAAUCUGGAAAGACAAUCUGGACAAACUACAGAAGGAAAUGCCUAGAAAGUUUCGGGUUUCAUAUUUCUUAUCAAACCCCCCAGAAUCCUGGUCAGGCUACUCAGGCCGCAUCGCGGAGGACUCACUAAAGGAGUUACUACCUGCCUGCCCGAAGGCAGGCCGCGAGCAAGAUUUGCUCGUUUGUCUCUGCGGUCCUGAUCCUUUCAUGUUGCAACAACUUAGGUUUUUAAAGAAACUUGGUUACAACAGCAAGUCAACGCACGCGUUCUUUAACUAAAGAAGGAAUCGUGUUAAUUCCCCAAAGACAUUCGAAAGGUCAUCUCCUGUACCACUGAGCUACGCGAGGUUUUAUUUUAUCCAGUAACUGAUGCACUGAGACCCGAAAGGCCCAAUAUCAAAAAUCAUGUCAUGUGACAUCACAUGACGUCACAUAGUUUCUAAGGAUGUUCUUACCUUUUAUCUUCUGACUCGUGAAACCUGGCUUUCGUGUAGUUGUAAAUAUCGUGAACAAGUCAUUAGCGAGGUUCAGAUUUCACUACCGCUGCCUUUCCGGAGACAUAAACCAACCAGAUUCGAUAACUAUAUCAGAUUAACCAAUAGCGAGCCCAUUAGGUCAACCUAAGGUUUUAGAAGUGGGAGCCAAUCUGAACCUCGCCGCUUUCACCGAUGUGAAAUAGUCCGCAUGAAUAUUUGCCUUUGUUUUUAUAUAUUUCGUUAUUUUUUACUGCAUAUACAUGCAGCAAUAUUCUAAUACAUCAACCACCUUGACAUGUUCACGAGAAUUACGACUAAAUGAAUCAGUCCUUUGUUCAUCCAUUUUUACUUCAAUCCAUUUUACUUCAAUUUUAAAAAAUGAGGACAUUGUAUAUAAACAAACUUUAGUCAGCUAUCUUUCAAAGAAAGUCCGUUAUCUUUCAAGGAAAGUCCGUCAUCUUUCAAGGAAAGUCAGUAAAAGGUUAUUCUACCAUCAGACGGUUGUCUAAAACCGUGAACACAAUUUGGGUCACAAUGAUACUGGUCAGUGGGUUGGAUCGUAGACGCUUUGGGUGUUGGAGCAAAAUCAAAAUCUUCGUCACAAUCUUCUGAGAAUGCUGCUGUUUUAAAAUUAGAAAUUCGGGGUUGUGUAUUCAUAAAGUCAUAGAGAAUGUUAGGAACUUAUUUAUUUGCAUGAAAUGUCAGAUGUAAUUUAAAGAAUGAAAAUGAAUAUUAUUUUAAAAUC